UUCAUCAUCAUCAUCAUCAAAGGCAACAACCAAUACAGAAAGUCUUGCUCCAGCAAACAACCCAAACAACAACACAGACAAGCAAGACACACGACACCACACGCACACACGCACACACGCACACACGCACACACACACACACUCACUAUCGAGUCAUGCAGCGUGGUGGGCCCAAGGCCGCAGAGGCCAUGAAGCACCUUGAGGCAGGCGAGAAGGCGCUCAAGACGAGCAUGUUCAAAUGGACGCCAGAGUACGACAUUGCCGCGGGAGAGUUUGAGAAGGCUGGCCUCAACUUCAAGAUUGCAAAGGACUACAAGAACGCCGUGCACGCGUACCGCCGCGCCGCGGAAUGCCACGCGCAUCCAAAGUGCUCGUCGACGCCCUUCCACGCGGGCAAGGCGCUGGAAUCGGCCGCCUCGUGUGCCAAGGACAUGAAGGAUCCCAAGCUCAGCAUCGAGCUCAUCAAGGAGUCUGCCCAGAACUACCGUCUCACGGGCAAGAACCUCUCCGCCUGCAGCGUCCUGGAGAAAGCAGCCCAGCAGUGCGAACAGCAGAAAGACUUCACGGACGCCAUGGAGCUCUACAAGGACAUUGUGGAGCUGUUUGAGGAGGAAGGAAAGCAGCGCCAGUCCAAGCGCCCGCUCGAGCGAGCCAUUGCCUGUGCCGUCAAGGCCCAGGAUUACCAGGCCGCCUCCCAACUCCUCGAGCGCCAGAGCAAGCUGCUCCUGGAGACGGCCACCAUCGCCUUUGCAUAUCAGAGCGGGCUGUCGCAGGUUGUGGUUGCGCUGCACACGGGCGAUUUCGUCAAGGCAGACCGCGUCUUCAACACCUGCGCCAGCGAACUGAAUGGGUUUGGCAGCAGCGAGGAGGGCCGUCUUGCGUCACAGCUGCUGGAGGCGUUUGAGUCCGGCGAUGGACUGGAGCUCGAUUCCAUCAAGUCAAACACAAUCUUCAAGUUCCUCAUCCCAGAGGUGUCUUCGCUGGCGCGUGGGCUGAAGAUGGACGCGACGAUGGCGGUUGAACGGGCGCCGGCGCAGGAGGACCAGGCGCGAUCGGCGCUCUUCGCACCAGCACCGGCCAAGCAGCAGACGGACGAGGCGGCCAAGGAGAAGGCAGCGGACGAAACGAACAGCAGCAGCACGACGGCGCCACCAACCACAGAUGCACCGCCCCCGUACACGGAGACGGAUGCACACGUGGAGGCCGCGACAGACGAGAUGAGCAAGGCCGCGCUGGCGCAGCAGGCGGACACGGGCCACGCGGCGCCAUCAUACGAGGAAGCGAACCAGGACACCAUGGCGAAGGCCGCGAAGGAGGGAGGAGAUGCAGCUACAGAUGCUGAUGCCGGGGCGCCGCCAGCACAGCAGAACGAACAAGAAGAUGAUGAUGAUGAGGAGGAGGGAGGUGAUGAGGACGACGAUAUCCUGUAGUCACAACUCCUUUGCGAGAUCGUGCGUGUGAAUGCGUGUGAAUGUGUUCGUACGUUUGUUGCUGGUCCUUUGUCACCCACUCUUAAUCUGGUUGUCCCUGUGCUCAACGCCCAUGGUUUCGCGGUUCGAUGCAGUCUUGCGUUGCAUUGACACAACGAGCGGCUGUUUUCGUUGUCGUUGUUUGUUUGUUUUUAUCGUUGUUUAGUUCGUGACGGUACCGCAGCACCUCCACGUGCAUACAAAGUUCAAUAACAUC